UCCAAAUUUAAAGUGACAUCAAAUGAAAAUAUUUAAAACCUAUUACUUUAAACAAAUUAGUACUUUCCGUUUGGCAGAAAAGCAACCUACUAAGAUAUGUCUGGAAAACCUUUGAGCUUCGAUCGCGACCUUAGUUCCGUGCGAUGGUACCGAGGCAUGUCGCGCAUUCAGACGGAAGCCUGUGAAAAGUUGCUCCACGCUCUGCGGGAUGAUUCAGAGCAGGGAUCAGCUUUUCGUGUCCGCCGUUGCCUCUCCCAUUUGGGCCUGCAACCUCUAGUGUGUUCGGCCCAAAUCAAGGCCAUCAUGGGCAUCAGCCAGGGCAGUGAUCUGGCCUUCUUGUGGUUCCUAUGGGAGGCCGCCUACAAGCAGCCGCGUGGCAAGCACGAAGAUCUGGAUCAAACGAAUUACACGGUCAACGAACAGCUGCUUCUGUCGGGCAUAGCUCACCUGGACAUGCCAACCACCCUGCGAGCCUUGGACAUACUACUGCCACCGGCUUGCCAAUCCAAGAAACCAAGACCCCAGUGCGCGAAUGUUCGAAAAAAGAAUUCAGUCAGGAUUCGGCAGACAAGGCAGAGGGAUCAGGGAGUUCAUCCUUACUUUGAACGCUUGGUAAGACCACGCCCAUUCUCUCCAAAGGACAAGUACAGGCCGCCGGAGAGCAAGUUGCAAUUUCCGGAUUACUUGCAGUCCUCCAAUCGGAUGCUCGAGAUUCCCAACGAGCGGUAUCGCUGGUUCGCCGACUACCAAUUGUGCCCCCAAAAACGGGUGAUCAAACAAUUGCUCAACGAAGAACUCAACAGACUCAUCAGUAGUCAGUCAGCAGAGGAAGCUGGACCACUAUGCGAAUCGCAUCGCUUUAUGGAAAAAAUAAUGAUGGGUCAGCGAGAGGAGAAGGCCAACGAGGUCAUCCAUCGCUGUCUCUCCCAGUUGGAUGUGCCAGGAGCUGAGCUGAAGGCUCGACGCCAGUCCAUUGUGGCCGACCUGGAGAGGGAAAUUGAGUGUGCAGCUGACAAGAUUCGAGCAGAUUCCCAGCGACUUCUCAGACAAGUUAAGAGCAUCCGAAGCGAGGGAGGAACUCGAUCUUGUCAGCUGUGCAACUCAAUAGUCUCAACAAAUAAGCAGUGCACAAGGCCGAAGGCCAAUCUCUCCAUACUGAUGAUGCGUCAGAGCAAUGAAGAGAUGCUCAGAAUGGACCAACUCGACCAACAGAACGAGCAGGUAAAGGUGAUGCUAGUCCAAAGCAACGAGCCCAAUCGCUGUGGAGCCGGCGAUUGCAAGUUUAUUAAAGUCGUAGAUCCACAAAACGUUCACAGGAAGGAGAAGCAAGUUCAACUGGAUCCAAAUCCGGGCAGAAAUUGCAGCUUAGGACAAACAUUAGUCAAACUUCCUCGCUUAGGAGUCAAAAGUCCUCAAGGUUGACGAAAGUCGAAAAAGUCACAGGAAAGCAUAUCCGUAAUUCAGCCAAGUAUCACAAGCGAGAAACUUGCUGAUCGUAUUCCCGUCUGCAGUCGCACUUUGCCGUGUUACAGUGGGAAGGCUUUACUUUCUGUGGAAUCAAAGACCUUUAUUACCAGUACGGCCGAAGGCCUUAUGUUGGACUACAAUAAGGUUUUUGAUCUCCCGGGAAUACCGGAGGAGCAUUUGCCCUCGGAGGGCCCAGAUUUCGUAGACGUAGAGGAUAAGCAGCCGGUAAUUAAGAAACUCUGCAUUGCGGCCUUGAAUGAAGGCCAAUCCAAGGAGGCCAAGGAGUUACGACAGGAUGAGAUUCUUCCACCGGUCCUAAGAGCAGCAGCCACUUGUGCCGUCGACAUGGUUCGAACAAAGUUCGCUGAGGCCAAGAAGGAACACAAAACCUUAGAGACCAUGGAGAAUGACAAUCAGGAGAAGAAGGACGUGCUUAUAGAUCCAAAUAAUAAGCAACAGAUCGAGGAUAUUCUUAAAGCUGCUCUUCUAAAGCUCCGCGGAAAUCCGCACUUUGUGCUGGCUUCCUUUCCCAAUGCCCAUAAGAUGCCCAUGCUACUCGAUUGGGUUGCGGAUCGCUAUGGAAAGACCUUUAGCCAAAAUGAGAUAGAUGCGCUGGUAAAGUCCUCAUUUAAUAUCUACGAACGGGUCUACAAGAAUGACCAGAGCGAUCAGCGUGAAGUUAAGCAGUUGGAGAGGAGAAUUUUGAAUCUUAGUGGAGAUGUUACUUAUGACAACAUAAAGAAGUUUUUGUGCAUUGCGAGGCAGCGGAAGGGGAAAUAUCACCACAAACUCAACGAAUUGGCGCUGGAACAAUCUCGGCUCAUCUGGAUGGCACUGCGGGGAUACUCACACCUCGGUGGCCAGAUCAAGGACACAUUUUUUGCAUAUAUGCCAGCACGGGAAAAGGAUUUGAAACGGGAAUACAUGUGGAGGUCAUGUGACUAUCGAAAAAUGGUACUUAACCGAAUGCUGGGCCAAAAGAGGAGAAACACUUAGAGUGGAGUUGCUAUAUGACAGAUCGGAAGCCAUGCUCGCAGGAGCUGCGUGGUUUUCAAUCUGUCAUUUGGAAAACUCGCCACAUCCUUUCUGUCAUCUGAUCUGCUUAGUGGCCGACCAGUGUCCAGAGUUCGAUGAAAUCUGUCAUUUUGGCCAUUUUUGGGCGCCACUACUUAUGUAAACCCAACUUAUGUAUAAUCCCAAUUAAAAAUGCU